CUCCUGAACAGAGUGCAUUCUGGGACUUGUAGUUCUCUCGUCUGUGAGGUCCCAUCUUCACCAUAAAGCACUAUGUAAACCUGAAAUGAAACAGUUUCUGAAAUGCACAUUAGAGCUGGGUGAACUAGCAUUUAUAGCUUAGUCUAAAUAAGUCUGGGGAACUCUCAGGAAUAAAAAGCAGACUGGACUUAUUCCAAAGCAUAGGUCAGUAUUUAAAACUGUUUCUAAAACAUUCUAAUUUCUUCUUGUUUACCUUAAAGGCAGUUCACUGUUCAAGGAUCUUUGGUGUUAUUUUGACCUUUGCUAUCAAAGACACCUGUUCAGUUCUCAUAAAGCCAUUUUACCCAAUGUGUAUAAAGAGGGGAAGUGAGCGAGACGUGUCACACUGCAUCUUGCUCUCUCAUCGGGUGAUAUUUCACGAUGAGGGGUGUUUCAUGUUUUCUGGUAUCGCUGCUCUGUCUGUACUGGACGUGGGCUCAAGGUGAGACAGCAGGAGGAAACAGGAAGGAAGAUGUUCCGUUUGAGAUAGAAGGUGUCAAAGAAGCUCAAAACCACAGCAGCAGACAGACUAACAUCACCACUGACAUCUGAGCUGAGCUGAAGGAGCUGAGAGACAUGGCCAUCGAACAGAAGGUGGAGCUGAGAUACAGCCAGAGCGAUAUAGCAGCGCUGAAGCAAGAGAAUACAGAUCUGAAGGACAGACUGAGCACGAGUGAAAAGCAGGUGGAGGAACUGAAGAGGGAGAGCACAGAUUUUGAGACCAGACUGAACGCCAGCAAAAAUGAAGUAGAGAAGCUGAAGAUGGCAAACACUGCAUUGGAAGCCAGAAUGACCUCCACUGACAAUGAGGUGUUGGAGCUCAAAACACAGAAUGCAGAACGCCCAAAGGUGGCUUUCUCACUUGGACUUACAGACGCAGGAGGAGUUGGAGCCUUCAACACAGACAUCACGCUGAAGUUUAGCAAAGUCUUCUACAACUUUGGUGAAGCCUACAACCCAGUUUCAGGUUUCUUCACCGCCCCAGUCAGAGGAGCCUACUACUUCAGAUUUACCAUGUGGGAGUACCGCACUCCAUAUUAUAUGGGUAUUUCUUUGUAUCACAAUGACAAGAGGGUGAUGGUGAAUGUUGAUAAAAAUGUUGAUUACGUUGCGAACAUGUCUAAUGCUGUAAUACUUCAGCUGGAAAAGGGGGACUUGGUCUACAUGAUUCUCAACUCAGGCAACGGUUUGUAUGAUAAUGCAGAUAAUCUUGUCACUUUUAGUGGAUUUCUGCUGUUCCCUCUGUGAUGAUGCAUGGAAGAAACACAUUCAAUUAGGUCAGUUAAUCAAACAGAAUAUACGCAUGCUUUUGUCUAGGUUGAAGAAUGAGACACAUGCUAAGAAUUUUUGAAUCGUGUUAACAAAAUGAAUCCAUGUUAUGUUUGAUUAUCAAUAAAGCAUUUGAAGUCCUGA